AUGUUUCAAGCAAAAACUCCCAAAGUGUUGUUAUCUACAGCAGAACAAAAACUCUCAAUACCGCCAAUGCCCAUCCCACCACCAAAAGAGGCAGCUAAUGAAGCUAUUCCUUGGAGCGAAUUCACUGAUGAACCUAGAGUGAAUAUUCCCAACAAAAGAGGUCCUCCGAAACUUAAUCCAGAUCAAAUAGUUUCGACUGCGCAAACGGUUGAUGAUGCUGCAUCAAGAAUACCUUUACCUGGUGCUCUUCCUUCAGUUGUUAGUAAAAAUCGUGUCGUUCCAGCAAACACUGAAGAUUCCACACGGAUUAAUUCUGUGACGACUAAAAUGCCUCAUACAAAAGUGAAGUGCAACAAAGAACGACCAUGUAACGAAAAUCCGAAGAUUUCUAAUGCCCAGUUAUCGAAAGCAUCAUCAUCACAAACAGAUCGCUCACACAAUUUCGCACCAGCAGUUAUUCCACGGUUUGCUAAACUAAGGAGCGAAGAGCCGCGUCAACCUAAAGGAAGUGUUAAUAUCCUUUGGGAUAUCGAAAAUUUGGCCGUUCCUGCUGGGCGAAGUGCCUUUAGUAUUGUAAUGAAGCUACGGCAACGGUUAAUAACAGAACGAAACAUGGCCGAAGGUAGUUUCGCAGUCUUCUGUGACGUCACAAAACUACCGAAAAAGCAUCAAGAAGAUCUCCAUCAUGCUAAUGUAGAUAUUCAGCAUGUGCCGAAUUGCAAGAGUGUGAUAACCGACAAAGCCAUUUACAAGGCUAUACAAUUAUUCAAAGAGCAGCAGAGGACACCUGCCACAUUAGUACUUCUUAGUGGAGACAUCGAUUUCAUUCGAUGCAUAAGUGAACUUCGGUUCAACCAAAAACAUUAUGUCAUUAUUGCUUAUAAUGCACAAGCGAACACCAAACUCUUAGAGACAGCUAAUGAAACUAUUCCUUGGAGCGAAUUCACUGAUGAACCUAGAGUAAAUACUCCCAAGAAGAGAGAUCCGCCGAAACCUAAUCCAAAUCAAAUGGUUUUGGCUCCAGAAAAAGUUGACACUGAUAAACCUAGAGUGAAUACUCCGAAGAAGAGAGAUCCACCGAAACCCAAUCUAAGUCAAAUGUUUUCGGUUGCACAAACAGCUAAUGAUGCUGCAUCAAGAAUACCCUCACCUGGUGUUCUUCUCACAGCUUUUAGUCAACAAUAUGUCGCACAAACAAACAAUGAGGAUUCCAAAAGGAUUAAUCCUGUGCCGACUGAUAUACUUCGCACAAGAGUGAAGCGCAACAAAGAAAGAUUAUGUGACCAAAAUCCGAAGAUGUAA